GGUGCGGCCGGGUAGCGGGGCGCGGGCACCCGCCCAGCUUCCAGGAAGGCUGGUCCGCGAGCCGCCCCUACUCGGCUUCCAGGUCCCUGCGCACCCCCGCCCUUCCCGAGACCCCGGCCCCGCCGCCGCCCGCGUCCGGGAAGGGAAAAGCUUCAGCGGACCCGUGUGUGCCGAAGGGCCUGCGCCGCGGCAGAUGCAGACUCCGGAAGCCUAACGGGAAAGGGCAAGGAAGGAUUCGCUCCUGUGGACGCCGUAGCGCCCCUUCCCCAUCUGCCAAGGCUUUCUCUCCUCCUCCUGCAGCUCCAGCCUGAACCAUGUUUUUCACCUGUGGCCCGAAUGAGGCCAUGGUGGUCUCCGGUUUCUGCCGCAGCCCCCCAGUCAUGGUGGCUGGAGGACGUGUCUUUGUCCUGCCCUGCAUUCAGCAAAUCCAGAGGAUCUCUCUCAACACACUGACCCUCAAUGUCAAGAGUGAAAAGGUUUACACUCGCCAUGGGGUCCCCAUCUCAGUCACUGGCAUUGCCCAGGUAAAAAUCCAAGGCCAGAACAAGGAGAUGUUGGCGGCCGCCUGCCAAAUGUUCCUGGGGAAGACAGAGGCUGAGAUUGCCCAUAUUGCACUGGAGACACUGGAGGGCCACCAGAGGGCUAUCAUGGCCCACAUGACUGUGGAGGAGAUCUAUAAGGACAGGCAGAAAUUCUCAGAACAAGUUUUCAAAGUGGCCUCCUCAGACCUGGUCAACAUGGGCAUCAGCGUGGUUAGCUACACCCUGAAGGACAUUCACGAUGACCAGGACUAUCUGCACUCUUUGGGGAAGGCUCGAACAGCUCAAGUCCAAAAAGAUGCUCGGAUUGGGGAAGCAGAGGCCAAGCGAGAUGCUGGGAUCAGGGAGGCUAAAGCCAAGCAGGAAAAGGUGUCUGCUCAGUACCUGAGUGAGAUCGAGAUGGCCAAGGCACAGAGGGAUUACGAGCUGAAGAAGGCUGCAUAUGACAUCGAGGUCAACACCCGCCGAGCACAGGCUGACCUGGCCUAUCAGCUUCAGGUGGCCAAGACUAAGCAGCAGAUCGAGGAGCAGCGGGUGCAGGUGCAGGUGGUGGAGCGAGCCCAGCAGGUGGCAGUGCAGGAGCAGGAGAUCGCCCGCCGAGAGAAGGAGCUGGAGGCCCGGGUGCGCAAGCCCGCAGAAGCCGAGCGCUACAAGCUGGAGCGCCUAGCCGAGGCAGAGAAGUCCCAGCUGAUUAUGCAGGCGGAGGCAGAAGCUGAGUCUGUGCGGAUGCGUGGGGAAGCGGAGGCCUUUGCCAUAGGGGCGCGGGCCCGGGCCGAGGCUGAGCAGAUGGCCAAGAAGGCAGAAGCGUUCCAGCUAUACCAGGAGGCGGCUCAGCUGGACAUGCUGCUAGAGAAGCUGCCCCAGGUGGCAGAGGAGAUCAGUGGUCCCUUGACCUCAGCCAAUAAGAUCACACUGGUGUCCAGCGGAAGUGGGGCCGUAGGGGCAGCCAAAGUGACUGGGGAAGUACUGGACAUCCUAAGCCGCCUUCCAGAGAGCGUAGAGAGACUCACAGGCGUCAGCAUCUCCCAGGUGAACCACAAGCCUUUGCGAACAGCCUGAGCCCUCAGCCCUUGCCGAUGCCCAGCCCCAUGGCUUAGGUUCCUGAAUGGUCCCUGUUGCAUGCACCCCACCUGGCCUCCCUGAGCAUGUCCUUUGACAGUGGGGUUCCACUCCUCAUCUCUCCUUGCCAAAUAGUCUGUGCCUUGCCUUGGAGGGGUUGCUCCCCUUCCUGACCCCACACUACCAUGACUGUCAGUGCCAGGGGUACCUUGUCAACCUUUGGAUGACCCACUCCACCCCAUCCCAAAUUACUUAACUUCCUAAUUAAAU